AUGAAACUCCUCGGCAUCUCUUCUGCGGCACUAUGCUUGUUCAUGGCAUUGGCCACGACAGCCAAUGGCUUUGCCAUAAUUCCAUCUUCCUCGUCUUCAACUUCUUCCAGCGUUCUUUUCUAUGAAUCUUCUUCUGCAGACAAGUUGGACAAUCGAUUCAUUGUUUCUCCCGUUUUGCAGCAAGUUUACCCCAAGUUGCUCGAAUGGAAGCAAGAAUAUGGACAUCCCAACAUUCCUCUUGGGACUCCAGAAGGUCGCAAGUGUGCCACUUUGAGACGUUUGCACAUUCAGCAGAAACUAACUCAAGAGGAAGUGGAAUGGUUGCAAGAUUUGGGAUUUCUAUUUCAUUCCUUGGAGGACGUCUACGAACAUGCGGAUUUUGAUGAUUUGUUUGAAAGACUCAUGGAUUAUGAGGCGAGACAUCCCGAGUCCAACUUUCAAGUUCCCAAAAAGUGUGCGGAAGAUCCAGAAUUAGGAGCUUGGGUCACUGGUUUGAGACGCCUAGGCGCGGACAAGGUGGAUCCCAAGCAUGCUCAGCAACUAAACAACGUUGGUUUUGCCUGGUUCUCCAAAAGCAAAUGUGGAUCCAAAUUCAUGCUGCAGUACAAGGCACUUACGCAACUUGUCAAGGAGAUGGAGAAUGACGGAAAGACCAAGGCGGAAGCCAUUCAAAUUAUCAUUGCAGAAGAUCCAAAGGUGAAAGCCUUGGUACAAGCCCAAAAGCAAAUAGAGGCCAAGGGAACCAUGAGCGAGACUCGAAUGAAUUACAUGAACCAACUGUUUGGUGAUGAAUGGACCACUCUAGUCUAG